GCCGAGCGGAGCCGGCGCGGCCCCGCGGAGGGCGACGGCACCGCGGGCAUGGGGCCCGGCGGGCGGCGGGCAGGAGCGGGGCUUUCGGCGUCGGAGUGAGCGCGGGAGACGCCGGCGGAGCGCUGCCUUCCCUCCCCCGCCGCUGCCACCGCCACAGCCCCCGGGGAGAGACCUUGUGCGGUGCCGCCCGACCCGGCUCGGAUGCCGCCAUGGGGAGCCGCUUCUCCAGCAUCCCCGCGCUGCCCCGCGGCGGCCAGGGCCGCCUGCACCGCGCCCGCCACCACCACCUCAAAGAUUCCAUAGGUGGGUCAUUUUCGGCUUCCUCCCACCGAUGCCACCACAAGCAGAAGCACUGUCUCCCCAUCCCACAGUGUGGAGCUCUGUCCAUCAGCCCUCUGCUUUUCCAUCCCCACACGAAGGGAUCCCAGAUCAUCAUGGACACAACACAGAAGGCAGUGAAGCGCCAGGCUAGCUUCUGCAAUGCCAUUACCUUCAGCAACAGGCCCAUCGUUAUUUAUGAGCAAGUCAGGCUUAAGAUCACUAAAAAGCAGUGUUGCUGGAGUGGGGCUCUUCGACUCGGGUUUACUUCCAAGGAUCCAUCGAGGAUUAACCCUGACACUCUGCCGAAGUACGCGUGCCCUGACUUGGUUUCCCAAAGUGGUUUUUGGGCCAAGGCCCUGCCAGAAGAGUUUGCGAAUGAGGGAAACAUCAUAGCCUUCUGGGUGGACAAGAAAGGUCGGGUUUUCUAUCGGGUGAACGACUCGGCUGCGAUGCUCUUCUUCAGCGGGGUGAGGACGGCAGAGCCCCUCUGGGCUUUGAUUGACGUCUACGGACUGACCCGCGGAGUGCAGCUCUUAGACAGUGAAAUCAUUCCUCCCGACUGCCUGCGGCCCCGCUCCUUCACCGCCAUCCGCCGGCCCUCGCUGCGGCGGGAGACAGAGGACACGCGCCUCUCAGUCAGCCUGUGUGACCUCAACCUGCAGGAGGAGAACUUCCACGUGACGGCCACCACGUGCCCCAUCCCGCAGAACUCCCUCAACUCCCAGCACUCCCACCUCCUCCCCUCCCAGCUGGAGAGCGACCUCCGCUUCCACCACCUCCGGGGACCCCAUGUCAAAAUCCUCGAUGACCAAACCGUGGCCCGUCUGGAGCACGCCCGGGAGGAGAGGACUUUGGUUUUCACCAGCAGACCCCUUCGGAUCAACGAAACCAUUUUUGUCAAAAUCAACAAGUCCAAUGCUGUGCGUACGGGGACGCUGUCCUACGGGGUGACGUCCUGCGACCCCAGCACUUUGCGUCCCAGCGACCUCCCCUAUAACCCCGAGUCCUUGGUUGACCGAAAGGAGUUCUGGGCCAUCUGCCGAGUCGUGGUGCCCCUCCAGAGCGGAGACAUCCUGGGAUUUAUGGUGAAUUCAGAUGGCGAGCUGCACUUGAGUCACAACGGUGCCGGCACUGGCAUGCAGGUCUGCGUGGACUGUUCCCAGCCCCUCUGGAUGUUCUUCGUUUUACACGGCGCAGUCAUACAAAUUCGAUUGUUAGGUUCCACCAUAUUAGCCGAGCGGCUGGGGCUGUCCACACCAAGCUCGCCCACAUCGACACCCAAUUCCCCCACUGUCCUCUGCAGCGGCGUCUCUGACCCCAUAUUGUCUACGUGUGGCUCUGGCCCCCUCUGCAGCUCUAUCAGUGGCACAGCUCCCAACUCUCCGAUCAGCUUGCCCGAGUCACCCAUCUCCCCAUCCGUCUCAGGGCCCUGGGGAGAUGAAUGCACCAUCUGCUACGAGAACAUGGUAGACACGGUCAUUUACUCCUGUGGACACAUGUGUCUCUGCUAUUCAUGUGGGCUGAAGCUCAAGAAGAUGGCCAAUGCUUGCUGCCCCAUUUGCAGACGGGCCAUCAAAGAUAUCAUCAAAACAUACCGCAGCACUUAGAGCAGCAGCAGAUGCUGUGGUGGGGACUGUGCAGGUGGGGAGGAGGCUUUGAAACAACACAGGUCUUGGCCUCUAUUCAUCAUCCAGGAGAUUUGAAAACCAUCACCCACCACCCCCCGAUCCUCUUUUCCAUGGACAAGAGACGAGACAAGCUUAGGCGCUGCUCUUCUACCCUCCAGGAAAGCCCUGGGGCUGAACUCCAGUGCGUCAGGGAAGUUGUGAUGGACUACUCUCCCUCGUGGAUUUUAAACUUUAUCUCAAAAAAACACAACCAAACAGCUGGUGCAAUCAUCCCUUUUCUACACCAUGCACAGCAGAGGGAAGUCUUCAAUGCUUAGCAGGAGCAGCAAGUGGUAAACGGUUCAGUGCUACACAUCUCCUUCCAGAGACACCCCGCGUGCAGAGGACAGCUUAGCAGAAGAGGAGAAACAAGCAACACGUUUCUGUGUAUAACCAGCCUGACUGUAGGAAGCCCCUUAGAAAGGAUGGAGCGAGGCAAGCUUUGACCCAGCAAACGAGGUGCAGUGAGCACAUUCACAGCGGAAAUACUGGGGCCAGUGCAGAAAAGGACCCAGGAUUUGUGAAGCAAAACCCACCCCCGUGCCCGCAGGCAGAAGAGCAGCCCCAUAGCAGCCCCUCGAGGGCUGUCCUCUGCUGCUCCCUUGCUGGUUUGGCAGCCAACACUAGCACUGGCCUUGCUCCCUCCCAGCAGCAUCCAGCCACCUCCUGUUGCCAUCCCAUUGCAUGACGAGCAGCUCUCAAACCCUACCACCAUCGAUCUGCUGUGGCUUGUCCUGAAUGGUCUCCACCCAGCACGAGGGAUUCGGCAGCAUCUCUGCCCCUGUGGGCCUACCGGAGAUGCGUCUCCCUCGCCUUUCCUCCUCCUACCAUCCAGACAGCACUUGUGAGGGAGAAAAUAAAAGGGAAAAAAAAAAAAGAAACAAAACCCCCAAUCCCACUGGGGAAGAAUGUAUAAACCCACGCGUCUGCGGGUUUCAUUUACUGGUAACUUUAUCACUGUGCUUUAAGACAAAACCAGCCAGGUGGCACUCAGCCCUUCACAGCCAGCCCGCCGGCAGGACAUGGCUGUCCUUACACAUUAGGAAGAGAGGAAAGAACAAAAAAAAAUAGCUUGAGGGGUUUGGUUUGCUUUGGUUUAUUUAAAUAAAUCCCCUUCCUUCCUGCCCCUGUUGGGAACCCCGCUGUCCUCAUGGAGGGUGCCUGCAAUGGCAGCCCCCAUAGUUGCUGUGACAAGGGCUGCUCCGCCAUGGCCAUUGGCCUGGCCCAGGGCUGCCAGCCCUUGGCCCCAGGCAGGAUGGCUCUGCAGCAGCAGGAGCUGCCUGUCUCCCCUCCGGCCCCAUCCUGCUGCCUUCCAGGGCCACGUGGGAAGAAGAGAUGGGGAGCAGGCCAGGGUGCAGCAGUGUUCGCCCUGCCAUGUUGCCCGCCGGGCUGGGAAGGCCAUGGAGUUACAUCCCUCCUGCCAAGCCUUUUCCUGCACCUCAGCAUAUGGCCACUGACAGGACACAGGGCGACAGUGUAGCAUAGAAAUAAAAGCAUUUAAUAUGCGUGGCCAUCUGCUGCAAGGGGGCAUCAUGUCCUCUCCAGGCAGCUGGUGGGUGAAGGAACACUCGCAGAGACUGUUCCUGAGAAUGCCUGGAAAAUAGGUCCUUGCCCUGUCCUCUGGAGGAAGUAAGAGAAGCUACUAGCUGGAGAGCGCAUGCAGAGCCUUUCUCUAAAGGCGCCGCCAUCACUGCAGCCUACCAUGGGGGUCUGCAGCCACCCCCAGCCCACUCCGGUGGGCAGUACUAACUUGAACGCUGAUAUUCUGGUUACAGGGAUUUAUGUUAUUUCUUUGCAUACCUCUCACGUACAGCCCUAACCCUGCCCUGCACUCUAGGUUGGCUGUCAAAAGCCCCAGGGCACCAUGGCUCCUGUGCCCAGACACCCUGGCUGACGAGUGGGAGGAGGCCAGGUUGGCACAAGUUGGGGGUCACAGCAGUCAUGCCAGGAACACAGCUGGUCUGCAGGCAUGCAGCCAGCCUCCAGCUUGCCUGAGGACAGAGCUGUGACCAGCAGACAGAGGAAGCCUGUUGCAGGAGGGAAGGAACCUAAGGGGUAGAAAGGUGUUGACAAAAUAGUGGAUGUGGGAAAAUGUGCAAUAAGCAGCCUCCCGAGCCUUCACCACGCCAGUGGGACUGGUUCCCCUCCACGCAGGGCAAGCCAAGGGGUACAUUUUAUUUUUCAAAAAACUCCAUCCAUGGGUACCAGUGCAGUGGUGUGAAUUCCCUUUUCACCUUUCACAUUCAGAGUGUUUUAAUAUAUAACUGUGUUUGUUUUACUGUGGACCAAACUCUAGGCGUUAGCAGAGGCUGAAAGCAUCCGCCAGCAUCCAAGCUCAAAAAUUGGGGUUAAGUCCUGCUCCCAGCAUCAGCUGGCCUCUGGUUGUGAGCAGGGAAGAGAAGAGCAAGGCUCUCUCCAGGGAGAAAAAAACAACAACAAAACCAAAACCCAAACAAAAACAGCAAAAGCAGAAACAGUAACAACAAUCCUAACCUUUUGUUUUGUUUGAUUGGUGUAGGUUCCCAGGUACCUCUGUGUUCUUGUGUCAUUUGCAUUUCAUUGCUUUACUUUAAGAUGUUUUGUGUUCUGUUUAAAGAGAAGAAUAACUCAUUGUGAAAAAUUGGAUAACUGUGAUUGUGAAUAAAGUUGAUUUAGGUAUUCUGCA